CAUCAACCGCGAACUGCUCCUUUGCAAAGAGUGUCUAACUUGAUUUUCCAGUCCAAUUUGUCUCCGUUCGAGCUCCACUCUGGCUGCAUUUGCCGCGAUACCUCACUAUACAUUUUCAAAUGUUCCAAACUCUGCUACCAUGAUCUUUCGAUGGCUCCUGCUGGUGAGCUGCCUCUUGUUGGCUCUCAUACCCCAUCAAAUUGCCGCAAAGAAAUACGAUCAACCAAGCAUCACAGCAACCCAGUUUGACCAUGAACCCCUUGCUCUGUUCUAUUUUGAGGAUACGGAAACGGUCCUCACGAGUCUGAGAAAUGGGGACUUUCUGCAGUCAUUUGAUGGAGGCAAGGAAUGGGAAGUGGUCGAGAGCGAAGACGGUAGCAUGAAACACCAGGUCCUGUUCAUACGACAACACCCCUUCGACAAGAAUAAGGCCUACGCCCUUGGCAAUAAUGGACGCCACUUGGUCACCACAGACCAAGCAAAAUCAUGGAGAUUAUUUGAUAUCGGUGACUUCCCGGCCAUACAACAUGCUCCUCUCGUUUUCCAUGGAUGGGACUCGAGCAAAGUCAUAUUCCAAAGCGAAGAAUGUGCCGGGCUUUUCUGCAUCGUGAGGUCGUACUAUACGACAGAUGAUUUUAAAACGCUCAGGCUGUUGCGAGAGAGUGCUGCCGGAUGCUCUUGGGCGGUAGGGCAUCCUGACUUUGCCGAAGACUUGGAUUCGCCCGAAAGGCUGAAGGACAGAACAUUGUGUGUUGUUCCGGGCUUGAAGGUCCCCUUUGGACAUGCGAACCGCUUGGUAUACUCGGAUGAUUACUUUGUGAAUAACAUCGAGGGCACAGAGGCAAACCUACAUGAGGGCCGACCAGUUUCUGGUGUGAUCAGCACAGCCGCAGUCAAGAAGUUCAUUGUGGCCGCAGUCAAAUCAAAGGGAACCGAAGAACUUGCUUUGUUUGUGACGACAGACACGGACACCUGGCAUAGAGCCGAAUUUGAUGGGCAUCGAGUAGAGCAGGAUGCCUACACGAUGCUAGAGAGCACCAACUACAGCUUGCAGGUAGACGUCUUGACCAGCCCAUCUAGCAGUAUGGGCGUUCUUUUUACUUCCAAUUCGAACGGUACUUUCUUCAGCCGCAAUAUUGAGCACACCAACCGCGAUAUGGAGGGCACCGUCGAUUUCGAGAAGAUUGCUGGCAUCCAGGGCAUAGUUAUGGUCAACACCGUGAAGAACCCGAAAGAGGUCAAAUCCGGAUCCGAAAAAAAGAUCAUCAGUAGAAUAAGUUUCGACGAUGGUAGGAGCUUCCAACCUCUCAAGGUUGACGACAAGAAUCUGCACCUACACUCGGUCACGACCUUCGCCAACAUUGGUCGGGUAUUUUCAAGCCCAGCACCAGGCCUAGUCAUGGGUGUUGGCAAUACGGGUGACCAUCUCAAAAAGUACACUGAUGGCGAUCUCUAUAUUUCAGAUGACGCUGGAGUCACUUGGCGCCAUGCUCUUGAUGGGCCGCAUAAAUAUGAAUUCGGCGACCAGGGGGCUGUUGUAGUUGCAAUUAGUGACAACGGCAAAUCUAACAAGAUUAGUUUUUCCCUUGAUCAUGGCAAGGAAUGGGAAUCGGUGGAGAUUGAGCAUAAGAUCUACCCUACGAUGGUCACAACGACUCCGGACUCCACUAGCCUGAGGUUUAUUCUUGUUGGGAAGCGAAACGAGGACAGCGGCCACGUUGUCUAUGCCAUCGAUUUUAAGGGUCUGCACGAGCGGAAAUGCGAAGAGGGUGAUUUCGAGACGUGGCCCGCCAGGCUAGAUGAGAAUGGCGAGCCCGACUGCUUAAUGGGCCACAAGCAAUUCUUCCGUCGCAGGAAGGCGAAUGCUGACUGUUUUGUGGAUGAAGAGUUCAAGGAUCCCCAGCCGAUCCUGGAGCCAUGCAAGUGUACAGCCGAAGAUUUCGAGUGUGAACAUAAGAACAGCGAGGAUGGAAAAAGCUGUACCCCAGCCGUCUUGCCGAUGCCUCCGGAAGGGAAAUGCCAGAAGCCCACUGACACCUUUAUGGGGCCGUCCGGUUGGAGACUGAUACCUGGUGAUACCUGUAUCCGAGAUGGCGGCAAGAAUUUGGACGAUGAUAUCGAGUGGUCCUGCAAGGAUGCAGGGAGUGCGCCCACAGCUGGCAAGCUCAGCGUGGUAAAACAAUUCUUCGAUGCAAAACAAUUCACUGCCUACUACUACCUGGAACGCCAGUCAAGCAGUUCUGGAAACGAUGAGACUAUUGUCAUGCUCACCAGUGAGCAUGCAUUUUAUGUAUCGCAUGAUCAUGGCAAAACAUGGGAGCAGUCGCUGAAAGGCGAAACCGUCCGCAAAAUUGUUCCUCACCCGCACAACAGUGAUGGCGCUUUUCUCCUGACUGAUGGUAUGGAAGGCUUUUGGACAGUCGAUCGCGCCCAAUCGUUCAAGCCUUUCGAGGCACCAGCGCCCCCAACUCAGGAACGUCUCUCAACCCUUUCAUUUCAUCCCCAGUACAAAGACUGGUUGAUCUGGACAGGGGCUGUGGACUGUGGAUCUAAUGACUGCCACUCCAAUGCCUACCUCAGUAAAAACCGUGGGGAGAAUUGGGAACUGCUUCGUCGCUAUGUUCAAAAGUGUGAAUUCGAAAGCAGGGAAAGCCGCACAGAUAGCGUGAAUCUCAUCUUCUGCGAGCAAUUUGAAAAUGAGAACAGGAACAAUCGGCUGCAACUUAUAUCUAGUGAGAACUGGUUCUCCGAUUGGCAUGUUCAUUUCGAGGACGUCAUCAGCUAUGCUACAAUGUCCGAAUUCAUUGUUGUGGCUUCGCGAAAUACGGAUAAGCCGGACUCUUUGGUGGCUAGCAGCAGUGUGGAUGGUAGGACAUUUGCAGAGGCACAAUUCCCUCCAAAUGUCAAUGUUCCCGUUCAAACGGCCUAUACUGUGCUUGAAAGUUCUACGCAUGCGGUUUUCUUGCAUGUUACCGUAAGCAAUGCGGAAGGAGCUGAGUACGGAUCUAUUAUCAAAAGCAACAGCAAUGGCACAUCCUAUGUGCUCAGCCUCAGUGCGGUGAACCGAAACCACCGGGGGUAUGUUGAUUUUGAAAAGAUACAGGGCAUGGAAGGUGUGGCAGUUGCAAACGUCGUCAGUAACGUGGAUGAACUGUCGGGCGGGAAAACGAAAAAGCUAAGGACGAUGAUUACUCACAAUGACGGAGGGCGAUGGACCUUACUUGCUCCUCCAACUAAAGAUGCAGAUGGCAAGAACUACGGGUGUUCUGUCAAAGAAGGGCAAGGCAUUCCUGGCUGCUCGCUCCACCUCCAUGGCUAUACGGAACGCAGAGAUGAACGGGACACAUUCUCUUCCAGUUCAGCAAUCGGUCUGAUGAUGGGGGUUGGCAAUGUUGGUGACCAUCUCGGUGGGGAAGAGGAGGCAGACACCUUCAUUACUCAGGAUGCUGGUUUCACCUGGAAGUCUGUCAAGAAGGGCAGAUAUAUAUGGGAGUUUGGUGAUGCCGGGUCCGUGAUUGUAAUUGUGCCUGAGUCUAGGCCAACACAAACCCUAUACUACAGCCUUGAUGAGGGGAACACGUGGAUAGACUUUGUCUUUUCAGAUGUGGAAAUGCAGAUUGAUGAUAUUUCCACGGUGCCGUCUGACACUUCCAAGAGCUUUCUCCUCUGGGGCAAAGAGUUGAAAUCGGACUAUCGAGACAAGCUCGCCACUGUCAGUGUUGACUUCAGUGGACUCCGUUCGACCUCAUGCAAACUGGAUGAGAGCAGAGCGGAGAGCCAUGACUAUUACAUCUGGGAACCGAAGCAUCCGUUUGUGAAGAAUGGAUGCUUGUUUGGCCAUGUGGAGCAAUACCACCGCAAGAAGCCUUCAGCUCAAUGUUGGAACAACUGGCGUGAACCACAUGUUCACAGCAUCGGGAAGAAUUGCACAUGCACUUGGGCUGAUUAUGAAUGUGAUUAUAAUUAUGAACCUUUGAAUGAUGGCAGCUGUAGUCUUGUUCAAGGGCUUACUCCUCCCGACGCCAUGGCUGUUUGCAAGGACGACCCUGAUAGAAUCGAGUAUUGGGAGCCCACAGGAUAUCGCCGUCUCCCCCAAUCAACCUGUGAGGGCGGAGAUCAAUUGGAUCGUCUCAAAUCCCAACCGUGUCCUAACAAAGAGGACGCGUAUAAGAAGAAGCAUGGUGUGAGCGGCGUUGGUCUGUUUUUCGCGAUUUUCACCCCGAUUGCUGUGGCUAGCGCCAUCGGCUAUGUUGUCUAUACCAGGUGGGACGGCAAGUUUGGCCAAAUUCGUCUUGGAGAGAAUGUCGGCACUUCCCAGGGUAUGCUAUCGCGAGAUUCUAUGCUUCUCACAGUACCAGUUGCGAUAAUCGCGGGUGCAGUGGCCAUCGCAAGGGCGCUUCCACUCUUGGUUGCAAGUCUCUGGCGAAGCGCUAGUGGCUAUGUGCGUCUAGGACAUAACAGGGGCUACUCAAGGCCGUAUGCGUCUCGUGGAUCUUUUGCCGCCCGACGCGGUGACUAUACUGGUGUUGUUGAUGACGAGGAUGAGCUCCUUGGUGUUGAAGACCUUGAGGCGGACGAAGAAGACGAGCUAUAGCUCGUUCCGCACCUUUUCGGCGAACUCUCAUGUCGCACCUAUGAGGUUAUGUUAUAUCACGAGAAUAUUUAUGUAUUGGAAUCUGCUUAUAUGUAUACGCUGCUGGCGUUCCGCAUCGAUUGUUUGUUCCAACUUAUCUAGUACACGCCUGUGAGGGGCAGUAGAGUAAUUCGAGUCGAGUCGGGGAUCCUCGGGGGGUUACAAAAGCCUAAGGCCAAUGAUAACUGAUUCCGACCACCGAGAAAGUGUGAGGAAGUUAGCAAACAAAGUGAUUCGUUAUCGCUCCUUCUGCCAGUAAACAAGAGGAU